AUGACCAAGUUGCUGACUCCAACGGCUGCAGCAUUUGCCGCGGAGGAUACCGCUGCCUUGGUACAAGGCCCCGACAGAAAACUCCGCACCGACGCCCAAGUCCAAAACGACGCGGACGUCAACCGCGAGUGCCACACGGCCAACGACGGGUACAUCCAGACGUUGAAAGCUGGCGAGUACACGGCCAGCAAAUUCUACAACUGUUUCCGCACGUCGGAGCAAAUCUUCGAGUACGUGGAUGAGUUGGCGAAACAGAACCCAAAGUUGUUGACAAAAGAAGCGAUUUCUACGAUGAUCCAAGGCAAGACUAUCUACGCGUACAAAUUGACCAGUGGCACGUUCAAGCCCACGUCGCUGUACUUCAAAAGUCUGAUCCACGCCCAUGAAUGGAACGCGGGGUCGUCCAACUUGUUUACGUUGUCUUCGAUUCUGGACGCCAUUGUCAACGGGAACGAGACGGCGGCGGACUCGCACAACUUGUACUUUGUACCCAUAGUCAACAUUGACGGGUACGACAUCUCGUGGAACGGCAACCGGUUGCAGCGCAAGAAUGCCAACGAAGUGGAUUUGAACCGCAACUGGCCGACUCCCUUCAAAAACCCCAACCCCCCUGCCCGCGAGGCCGAAGAUUACCCUGGCCCGAGUCCAUUCAGCGAGCCAGAAACUAAGGGGAUUGAUGAGUGGCUCCAUGCCAAGAAUUCUGAACUCGCCGGCUGGGUGAACUUCCAAUCCAAUUCGGGUGCGAUCUGGUACCCUUAUGGCGACACGAAGGAACGCAUCGGCAACGGCGAAGACGAAAAGUUUAAAUUGCUCGGCUACUAUGUUUCGAUGGCAACCGGUGCUGGGUACCGCUCCCGGCCGAAGGGUGUAUUUGGGGACCUUGAGUUCGGGAGGUUCGAAGACUACGUCUACCGCACGUACAAGAAACCCGUGUUCACCAUCGAAGUGAGUGGCGGGUCUAACGCCCCCGCGUCGACCAUUCGUACCACCGGCACGGAAAUCUUCAAUGCGUCGAGUCGAUUUGCCGAGGUAGUCGGGGAUUUCGACGUCAACAGUACAGCGUGUUAA